AUGGAUGUUCCUGUCGCAGCCAAUAUUCUAGGCACACUCGGAGCUGUCUGUUGGUCAAUCCAGCUGAUCCCUCAAAUCAUCGUCAAUUAUCGAAGGCACAAUGCAACGGGUCUUCAGCCAUCGAUGAUGAUGCUGUGGGCAUGGGCAGGAGUGCCGCUGGGCGUGUACAACAUCGUCAAAGAAUUCAACGUCGCCUUACGAAUACAGCCUCAGAUCUUGACGCUUUUGAGUCUCGUAACUUGGAUUCAGUGUUACUACUACGAACGAGUACAAAAGCUAAUUCCGCUCGCACUUAAUGAAGCUAAUGAAUGUCAGAAAUGGAGUGUUUACCGCUCUCUGCUCGUUGUUCUCCCAAUCGCAGUUGUGAUGGGCGGUAUCCAAGCAGGUCUCAUCAUCGCCCUUCGCAUCGCAAAAUCCCUCUCUUUAGAAUGGCCUCUCAUCCUCAUGGCGUCUCUAUCCGCAGCACUACUCGCAGCAGGCGUGCUAACACAUUACUGGGACAUCUGGAAGCACCGAACAGUCCGUGGUAUAUCAUUUCUCUUUGUAGCCAUUGACGCAGCAGGGGACGUGUUCUCACUUGUGUCCGUGUUCUUCCAAACUGAGCUUGAUGUUCUCGGUAUUGUGAUCUAUGCGACCGAGUUUGUUUUGUGGUGUGGUGUUUUUGCUUGUGGUGGGUAUUAUAACCUGUUGCCUUGGGUUAGGAAGAGGUUUGGGGGUGAGAGCAAGAGGGCUGAAGUUGAAGAGAGCGUAGGGGAUAGAGUCAUGAUGAACGAGAAUGUUUCUUCGAGUUCAGUGUUUAGGACGUGCCAUGUUCGAGCUCCAGCUGCAAUGCCUUCAAGCUGGUCCUCCUCCAGCCGGCGACUGAUGCUCAAUAAACGCUUCAGUCGCAUGGCCAUUGCUGGCCUCUGCACCGUCAUCUUUCUCAUUCUUGUCUUUUGGGGUGCUAUCCAUGGUAGCUAUGGUGUAUCUCAGUACUAUUCUUUUUCGACGACGAGCUCUUUUCGACCCGUGUCCGUCGAUCCCGAGGGUAAGACAAUCCAAGACCUUUGCGCGACGUUCCCCAAGCAUUUGCUACAGACGAUACAACCUGUCUUGAAGAUGGGCCAUGCCGACACGAAAGAAAGGCUCGAUGCUCAAUUCGACAGUGUGAGCGCUUGCUUUGGAAAGGACGAGCUGCUGGUCUUCUCGGAUCUCGACGAGUCGAUACACGACCAUCAAGCGAUCGAUGUCCUCGCCGACCUACCCGCCAUUUACUACCACGACAACCCCGAUUUCGUGAACUACAUGUGGCAGAAGGAAAUGCGGGCAAAUGGCACCCUCGACGUGGACACGGAAGCGACAGCGCGCAUCCAAGGUUGGAGGAUGGACAAUUACGUCUUCUGGGACAACGCCUUCCGCUUCCUCCAAACUUUCGACCCCGAUGCGCCGUUAUACAUGGGCUCUCCCUCGCCGGGUACGCACGACGUGAAACAAGACAUAAAGACAUGGUUCGCAAACGGCGGGCCAGGCUUUGUUCUCAGUCGUGGUGCGAUGAGGGCACUCCUCGUCCGUAAGACAACGCCCUACGGACAGUACGUCGAGCCGCCAGCAACGGAAAAGUGGCUUCCCAUGCUUCGGGACGAUUGCUGCGGUGACAGCGUUACGGGAUGGGCGUUGUGGAACGUUAGUGUUCCGCUGAGAGGAUACUGGCCGCUGUUCAACCCGCAUCCUCUGCACAGUAUUCCCUUCAGCGACAAGUAUUGGUGCCAGCCUGUCAUGACGCUACACAAGUCGUCGCCGAAGGACAUGGUUGACGUUUGGCGGUGGGAGUUUGCGCAACGACAGCUCGGGCGCCCGUUACUCUACUCUGACGUAUGGAAGUUUCACCACCCCGGUGAUCGCGAAGUUGCAGAGAAUUGGGACAAUGGCAAAUGGGACUUCACAGUUGCGCCACCCGAAGCAAGAAUCGACUCAUUUGAAGCGUGUGGCAAGUACUGCAAGGACAGCAGCGAUUGUCUACAGUAUAAUUGGCGAGGCCGCGACGAGAAAAAGUGUGUUACUUCAAAGUCCUUCCGAGUCGGCGAGCCGCGACAGCCCGAGAAGAUCAUCGAGCCUGAGGUCAAAGACGACAAGGGCAAUGUUAUACCACCACCGCCAGAUCGCCAAGAUCGAUGGGUGGAUUUUAAGUCAGGAUGGCUGACUGAGAGGAUUGCACAGUGGAGGUCGAAUAGGAAUUGUACAGAAGUGCAAUGGGUUGGACCCAGUACUAAGAGAAUCUUCUGA